ACUUUGUGUUAUUCUCCCCGUUCCGGCACCACGUGCCAUCAAAAUAAAUAGGUCUAUUGACGCAUUUUGCGUGUUGUAUGAAAAUAAGCAACUCGAACCAGCUCCAGUUUGGCCAAUCAGAGCGACGCGGGAUUUUGACUCCUUCUUUUUUUCAGAAAUCAUUAAUAUCUCCGGACGCGUCAAACAUUAACGUGCCAGCUGCUCCUGGAGCAUAUAAAUACUCAGUGCGUGGAGGGCAGAGCUUAGUCAUUUCACCGGGCGCAAGAAGAACGACGCAAGUCCGUCCACCCGAGAAGACCCCAAGGAACAAAAAGUAGGCGUUAGGAUCGAUUCUAUUUAAUCUGAUAGCCGGUUGGUAUCUGAUCGCAUUGGAAUGAGCGGAGUCUUCCUGAAGUUGUUGCACGCGGUGGCCCUCGGCGCGGUCCUCUCGGCGCCUCAGCUCCGCGCCUCCCCGCUCCUGGAGCCGAUCCGGUGCGCGCCCUGCACCGCGGAGCGCGCUGCCGAGUGUCCGCCGGUGGACGCGGGCUGCGCCGAGGUGCUGCGCGAGCCGGGCUGCGGCUGCUGCAUGGCGUGCGCGCUGAAGCGCGGGGACCAGUGCGGCAUUUACACGGCGCCGUGCGGCUCAGGGCUGCGCUGCCUGCCCGCGCCUGGAGAGACGCGGCCGCUGCACGCGCUCACGCGGGGGCAAGCCGUAUGCACCGAGACCAGCGAGGACGUGCACAGCCGCACGCAGCCGGCGCCAGAUCAUCCCGAGCUGGAGAAUGGUGGUCGGAGCGAGGCUUCUGCAGGUCCUGAAGCCGCCUCGACGAUCCUCGUGUCGGGUCACAUGAAGCCCUACAGCCCGUGGCUCCUCAGCGGCGCUCAGGAGAGCAUGAAGUCCAAAGUAAAAGCCUUCCGAAGGAAACUAGUUGAGCAGGGCCCCUGCCAUGUGGAGUUACAGAGAGCUCUUGAGAAAAUCGCUCGAUCCCAACAGAAGCUGGAAGAGAAGCUGACCAAGUUCUACCUGCCUAACUGUGAUAAACAAGGCCUGUACAACUCCAAACAGUGUGAAUCGUCUCUGGAUGGCCAGAGGGGGAAGUGCUGGUGUGUGACGUCGUGGAACGGAAAAAAGAUUGUGGGCUCGAGUGAACUACCCACAGAUGCUGACUGCCCUCAGGAGCUCAAUCACUGAUCACACACUGAACCCCAGCCCCCACCCACACACACACACACACACACACACACACACACACACACACACACACACACAUGCUCAGGCCCUAAGGAACUCUUCCACUCAUGGACUAUUUACACACACACACACACACACACACACACACAUACAGGACAUUAUGCCACUGAUUUUCUUUUCUAUUUUCUAUUUAUUUAUUGUAGCCUACAUGGUUUUGUUUUCUACAGGUACACUGUUUUAAAUGAGUGAAUAUUAGUUCACUGAACCCACCAAAAAAAAAAAAAAAAACAACUUUUUUUCAUAUUUUUUUUCUUGUUUCUGAAAGGAUUCUGUAUUAAUAUGUUUCUAGUUACUUAAUACAUCCAUGCAUAUUUAUUUAAACUGAAUGUAUUCAUUUAAUUGUUUGGGUGAAGAUAUUUAUACCGUAUGCCUUAUUAUUGUUAUUAUUUUUGUAUGGUGUAUAAAUGUAUAUGUUCAGUUUGUUUGUAUCAGUGUCAGUUUUCUUAUCUUUUCAACAGAUUAUUGGUAGGAAUCUAAAUGGAAAAAAAAAAAGCACUGCAUGACCAAACCACAUUGUCACUGCAUUAAGCUUUCGAUGCAUUUUCUUUUGUUAUACUAAUGACCUUAUUUUAUUUUUUGCCUUUUUUGUACACUAUUGCACAACUAAGUGAAGAAGACUAAAGCUUUCACAGUUCUAUAUUUUCCGCAGUGCAUGAUGGGUAUUGGUCUUUGUAUCUUC